CAGGAUGGCGACAGAGGUUACCUCGAAGGCCUAGCAUCUCGGUACGCGGAUCUCUUCAGUACGCACUACGUAGACGUACUGGGUCACUUGGAGGACCUUAGGAGGAUCGAGUGGAGCGAAACGUCGCCGAUAGAUCGAAAGGCCACCACUCCAGAAACUCCUCCGGGCACUUACAGUCCAACGGGUAGAGGUACGCCAAUCUCGGGGCCAUUAACGACAUCCGUUUCACAACCUAUAUACGUACCUGGAAAGUAUUCGCCAUCAAGUUGUUUGAGCGACAAAGAAGAAGACGAAAUCUACGGUUUCGGAUACGGCGUUUUCGCUGCUCAAAUAGCCAGACAACAGCAGCAAAGGUUACUAGGUCAACAGCAAAAUCAACAACAGGCUACCAGUCAUCAGCCGCUCUUAGUUCAACAACAUCACAACUACCAAACAUGCCUCAGUCCAAGAUCAGCAUACUUCUAUGAAUUCCCUCCAAAUGAACAAAACUAUACGAAUACCGGCAAGAAGCGGACGACGUUUUCUAGAUUUUUGCGAGGGUUGAAGACAUCACAUCGAAAAGAGAAACAUGGAGGCAGCUCUCCGAGGCACGGCAGGGCAGCAGCCACUGCCAGGGGAGUUCCGCAAAGGGUUGAUACUCCAGAUAGCGUCCUCCAAAGCGGUUUGGGUCUAACAGAUUUGGGCCAGCACGCUGUACUACGGUCGAUGGUCGAUCCCAGGGACUAUGACAGACUUAGGAAUCUUCAACUCAAUGGCGGCACGCCGAAUACCUUUGAAGAAACAAUAUACAAGUUAAAACUGCAAGAAGCAUUGCGAAAACGAGAAAAAUUCAGCAAGGAACAUGAAGAGAUUUUAAGGGAUAUCAAACAGGGUUUACUUCAACUAGGAAAAGAAGGAAUUCGUGGACCACUAUCAGGCGAUGACACCUACAUGUAUGACGAAGACGUUAGAAUGUUAACACCGGCUAUCCCCCACUACGCGGACCCCUUAAACCGUCCCGCUCAUUGGUACGAUGAACCUCCAUACGAAAGUGAUCCAGAAGACUUUCUAAUGGGAUGCAACGAAGGUCCUUCUGCAACCAUUCAAAAUGGAAGGGUUUGCUUCACUCUCAACACAAGGCAGGAUUCCAGGGGUGAAGGAGUUAUAUCGUUAAGGAGCGCGGGCGAUAUAUCACUACCUAGGGAAUCAACGCUUGGCAUAGGGACUACGCCAAGGAGAGGGCUAAUUUUACCUUCACAAGCUGGAUAUCCUCCUGCUAUUAUACCUUUAAGAUCUUCAAGGGACAUAGAAAGCGGCGAUUACGCAGGCUCAGACGUUCAGAGUGUGAGUUCGAGAUUAUCGACACUCUCCGUAGAUACGAGUCGAUCCGAACACCACGAAUUAGGCCAAAUCAUUUCACCCCAAUAUUAUACGCAGCUAGAAGGAAAAAUAAGACAUUUCAGAAAAAUUAGCGGUUAUACAAGAAGCGAAGACGGCCUAUCGCCAGGUCAAAGUUCAGAUUACGAAGACCAGGAGGAUUUUAGUAAUUGUAGCCAGCAGAUAGCAACUGUACAUGUAUCUAGCGAUGGACGAUCUGCUGGCGUAUCUGGGCUUGUAGGUAAAGUUAGAGGACUUAGGGAAGACGUCCAAAGAAAAAUUUCAAGGUUAAAAAUUGAUACUACUGAUCAGCAACGAGUUGUCGAUCCACCAUUCCAAUGUUCGGCGAGUUCUGUCGAAAGUCUGCCUAGCGGGUCUGGAUCUAGUACGCAAGCAUUAGUGAGAGCAGGAAGCAAUCAUAGUUCAAUAUCAAACGAAGAACCCGACCCAAGUCCAACGGAUCAAAUUGUAGGAAGGGCUAGAGCAUUAGUAGAUCAUAUUCCAAGUCCGUAUGAUUCGGAAGCAUUAAAGUUUAAGGCUGGUGAUAUUAUAGACAUAGUUUCAAUGAAUCCAAGUGGACAAUGGAGGGGCAUCUGCAGAGGCAAGAAAGGCACGUUCAAAUUCAUCAAUGUAGAAUUACUGUCAGAAAGAACUGUCAAGUUAAAACGAGAGAUAAAAUGGCAUCGAAAUAUUAAGGGCAAGCCGAUUUCGGUAGAAGAUUUGUUGAUGAAAAUCGGCCUGCACGAUUAUAUUUCUGUUUUUAUUUUAAACGGUUAUGAAGAUUUGGAGUUAUUUAAGGAGUUGGAACCUAGCGAUUUGGAUUAUUUGGGAAUUGUUAAUACGGAUCAUAGAGCGAAGUUGCUUACUGCUGUUCAGUUGUUACAUGAAUUGGACUCGGGCAGUGAAGGCGACGUGGCAGGUUCCAGUAGCGAAUGCGACGAACACCGCGGUCUAACUCGCGACACCGGUAGUUCCCCGUUCGGCAGACGACAAUUUCCCAGAGACUCAGGCUGCUAUGACGCAUCAGUCAAAUCUGCCCGUCAAAACCAACAUAUCUCUCCGCAGGGCGAAUCAGACACCAGCGACAGCGCAGGCUUCAGUGAUAAUAAGAACAAUUUGGAUUCAGUAGUCGAGCAGUGCAAUAACGAGAUACUAGCAAGGGUUAAACAAGCUCAGAAAAAUUUAAUCAACUUGAAAGAAGAACUAUCAUAUCAGCCCAAUAUUCCGAAUUCAGCCAGCAUAGAACUGCAGCUCCUGCAACAGAAAAAACCGAAAGACUCUUACGUAAGUGUCCACGGACAAACUUCUUUAAUAGAUCCGUGUCGUAAAAAUGUUAGCCGGCCUCUAAGUGGGGGUUGUGGCAGGAAAAAUUUGGAAGAAACCGCUGAGGAACUGAAGUUGAUGGCUGCCGAGAAGUACUCGCAAAGCGGAGCAAGCCACGACCUAGGCGUAGAACCUGGAAACGUCAACAUCCUCGGCAGGAGUUGUCUCAGCGAAAAGUCUAGCGAUUCAGGAGUCAGCAGCAGUUCCUUGUCUUCAGCCAACACCAAAGAAACGCGACCCGUCCUCAUCAAUAGCACCCAACAACAUUUCAUCGACAACACCACCGCCCAUAAUAAUUUUAAGAAAAUGUAGCUCCAACAGAAGUUACUAUAUCAGACGUUGCUUAAAAAAUAAGUCAAUUCUGCCUCUAUUUGUUAAUGUAUUAAAUUUAAGAAGAAAACUUCAUUUUUAUUGCCAAAAUAACCUUUUUACAACACAGAUAUAUUAACUUUUCGUUAAUGUCAAAAUUGUCAUUACUUUAUGAAAGUGACAGAUGACUAUUGACAAAUUAGAAUUAUUUUAUACAAUCUUAUUAAAAUCUUUAAUUUUUUUUAUUUUUAAAACAACAGUAAAAAUUGUAAAGGCUAUUUUGUUUAGCCUCCUAAUUUUUAAUGAUGUAAAUGUGAAGCAUUUUCCACAAAUAAAUGACUACACUUGAUAGUUUUGACAUUUGUUGCCAUUUUGAUACUAGUUUCUAAAAGCUUUUGUCUGUAUGAUAAUUUUAUAUUGGAGUAUUAAAAACAGUACCUACCUUGUAAAUGUUAAAAUUGAAUAGAUACUGUUUUUGUUACUAAUGAAAACAAAAACAACUGGUAGCAAUAAUAUCAAAUGAUAAAAAAGUUAUUUUUUAAAAUAUUAGAUAUCAAUUACAUGUAGAUAGAUGAAUUGUCCCUUUUUUGAAUUU